AGACCACUAAGUCGGUAAUUCUGCCAAGGUUCUAAUUUGCCACAAAGAUUCUGUUACCUUGUCGCUGUACGCAGUUAUUUCGUGAUGCAUUUCGUCUGCGCGGAGAUCUAUAACGAUCGAAUAGAUAGUUGAAAGUUAGAGAACGCUGCUGCACUCGACUGCACGGCUCGUGCCUAACUUCAGAGUCCGCCUCGCGAGCGAAAUGGCGGCGGAGAGCGCGCGAGUUUACAUACGUUGAUAUGCGGCGAGCGGCGGGGAGCCACUCUUGUGAAAAUAAACAACGCGAGGUCUGUGCGUAACGGCGCGAAUAGCGAUACAGAGAAAGAAGAUACGCGAACGACGAAGAAACGCGACCGGCGGCAGUGGCGGAACGAUCGCGUGUGGAACGUCGAGCGAGGUAAACGAUGGUUACGAUUGAGCCCCAUGUGUGCCCGAGCCGGUGGUGUCCGCGCGCGUCGCCUCGAACCGGUGCAAUUCUCGCCCGAUAAUGCCCGCACGUCGCGUCCCCGCCGCGCGACGUUCUUCCACGUUCUCGCAGACCGUGCUGGACACCCGCGCGACACCACACGUCGCCGUCGCUUAGAUCGUCGCGCGAUCUCUCGCGUGAAAUCGGCGGAGAUUCCUCCUCCCCCCUCCCCCUACGAAAUUAUCGUGUACAGACACGCGCGCGCGGGAACGAACGAGAGAGCACGCGGGAGGCGAAGGGGUUGCGAGAAUCUCUCGCGAGGACUCGACGAAACGGAAUACCGGGCGGAUAAUUAGGAAGUUCCUACUGAUCGGAGGGAGACGAGACCAGAGGAUAUCCUCUCCUCCAGCCGCCACCAUGGCGACUUCCCGGGACCUGGAGAACGACUGGUCCAUGCUCUGGCAGUACAACACCGACUACUGGACUUACGCCGAUCUGCAAUUGGCGGCGGAACUCGGCAAGACUCUGUUGGAACGGAACAAGGAGCUGGAGAACAUCAUCAAGCUGCACCAAUCCACCGUGGAGGAACAGGCGCAGGAAAUCGAGUACAUGAAAAAGCAGACCGCCGCGCUGAGGGAGGUGAACAACUCACGGCUGAAGAUCUACGAGCAGCUGGAGGUCAGCGUGCAAGAUCUGGAACGCGCGAAUCAUCGCCUGGUGAUCGAGAACACGAGCGACAAGAAACUGAUCAAAAGCCAAUGCAUGACCAUCGAAAGUUUGGAAGUGAAGUGCGAGGAGCUGCAGAAGAAGAUCGACGAGUUGACGCAGCAACGCGAGGCUCUCCUGCGACAGCAGCAGCAAGCCGCCAGUCCGUCCCGGAACAACGCGCAACAGCAGGACAGCGGUUGGAAGGCCUCGGUUACGCAAGGUGGCAGCGUACAGCAGAGAGCUGCCCCAGGUUCGCCGAAGUCCUUCCAGGAGACAACAACGGAUACUAGCGUCCGGCAGGCCACGACAAUGAGCAGCGUGGCGAGCGACGAGGAAAUGAACGAACUGCUGAGGCAACUGCAGGACGCUCGUAGUCAGAGGGUCAGGGAGCAGAUGAAGGUGUCUGAACUCAGUCAGCAGCUGACGAGCCUGUUGCAGGAGAACAGCGCGCUGGAAGAACAGUUAACGGUGUGGCGUAACAAAGCGCAAGACGUGAAGAAUCUCCAGGACGAGAUCAGUACUCUGGAGGAGGUCAGACGAGGUCAGUUGUGCGGGCGUUGCCUGCGCGGCAUGGACACGAGGACGCACGAUGAGCUCUCGAUCAUGCUGGACCAGGAGGAGUACGACGACAUCAGCAUGGCCGAGUCGCUGAUCGGCGAGAACAAUCAGCGGGACUCCGAGCCGAUAAUAGCGCAGCAGCAGGAGACGGCAGGCGGCAAGAGCGAAGGUACGAACGACGAGCUGAACAGCGCCAACCCGUACCGGGUCCUGGUGGAGAAGUAUCAGGCCUUGCUGGAGGUGCAGCGACACUGUCAGCCCCGUCGCAGGGACGCCGCCGCGCCGUGCAUGUCGUUGCAGGAGGAGCUCGAGAUGUCCGGGGAGUUCAACAACUUCUGCCCCGUCGCCGCCUCCGGCGGCACGGAGGCGACGGCGGAGGUCGCGGAGGAGUCGGCGGGCAAGAGCGCGGGGCGCGCCGCCAAGGCGGAGGUCGCCGUCGUCCCGCCCGGCAAGAAGAGCUUCUCGGCCACGCCGACGGCGGACUUCUCCGAGGCGGAGACCUCGUCCUCCGGUUUCUCGGACGAGACGAGCAACAAGGCGACCCAGACCGACGGCAGGCCGGGCUCCUUCCUCUGCUCGAUCGCCGACGGCGAGGACUGCAAGUUCAGCAUAUACGACGACAACAGCCCGUUCGAGAGCAGAUUCCGCAAGACGCCCGAGUACCGGCAGCUCUUCAGCGAGAUCUUCAGCGUGCUGAAGCGGGCGGCCGAGGCGAAGGACGAGGGUGAGAAGCUGCCGCUGCUGGACGAGUCGACGACGACGAGCGACGGGCCGGCGAUUCAGGAGGAUCCGCACAGCGAGACCGCGACCGACGACAAUCAGAGCGUAAUGUCUUCCGUCGUGUCGUCCGUCGUCUCGGAGCCGGUGUUCCGGGUGCAACCCGCCAGCCCGGCCAACAACAAGCACGAGAACAAGCCUAAAACAGCGAACCCGUCGUCACAGACGGCGGCCCAUCACGGGCUCGACUACCUGUCCAUCAACGUGCACGUCCGCAAGAAGCCCUCCGUGAGGAAGAACGCCGCGAAGAAGGCGGCGCACUGCAACGACCGGCCGACGACGCCGGACGUCGUCCCCACGACUAACCCGAAAUUCGUGCCGCCUCGGGCGAACGGUCGCCGAAGGUACAAGCCGUUCAACGCCGCCGCCGUCGCCGAUCAGGACGCGGCCGGCGGAAUGUGGAACGGCCAGCACCACGUGUACUCGCGCUUCAGGGACAGGAGGCAGCAACACGGCUACGGGCGGGGCGCGAACGAGCAGCAGCAGCAACAGCGCAACAACUAUAGCGAAUACGGCGGCGAGUACAAGCCUAGCACCGCGUCGGAGGAGGUGGCCCGACUGAAGCGCCUGGAGAUGUCCUACGCGGAGGUGCUCCGCACGCCGAACAAGCCCAAAGCCAACAAUCACCAUCACCAUCGCAGGAGCUAAGUCGGCCACUUGGGAGGAAGCAGCUGACCUCGCGUCGACGUUCGUUGUCGGUACCGAUAGAGGAUCCUGCCAGUAUUCGGGUUCCACAGUGAGAAUUCAACCAAGCUCUGAGCCUUGAGAUCGUUCUCUUCACGUUCGACUGUGAUUCGUCCAGAGGCUCGGACCUUCAAUUCUCAUUCUGCUCUUUUACACAGAUACUCUCAGUGAAAACAAUUGGUGUGAGAACUCGUGAUCUUGUAUAUAAGUAAAAAUGUAUGAUCUCUCGUGCGAAGGUAAAAAUUGCUCUCUCGAAGAGAGCGGAAGAAUGGAGAUAUUGUUCCGCGAGAAAUGUCAUGUUUUCGUUGUUUGAAGAUAAGUUUUAUGAAUCGAGAGGGAAAGAUAUCGGACACGAAGAAGAACGAUAUUUACGAUUCUUCAGGACAUCGUUCUUUCUGUUCGACAUUUUUCCUCUCCAUUCGUGAGAAUUAUAUAUAUAUAUAUAUAUAUAUAUAUAUAUAAUUAAUUAUAUAUAUAUAUAUAUUCUUGAAUAGCACCGUGGAAUUUCUUCGCGUGGGAGCAAGUUUGUCUUCGUAUAUUUUAUAGAUUAUAUAUUCUUGCUUAAUAUCAGAAUGUGAGUUUCGAAUCGAUACGAAUUUCUUUCCCGUAUAUUGGCAGCGGAUAUCGGAACGCGGCCACGGGCACGAUCGCUCCACGGGCGUUAGACAUACACACACGAACACACACAUAAUACACGCACACAUACAGCGAAUAAGUAAAGCAGUGAAAUUCAGUAUUGUUUCGUACUUGUUGUAAAUAAUCGACGACGUGCAGCGGCACGACACAGGCGCUGGUCGCUGCCGAACGAUCGUAGCUUUUCGAUCCCGGGCGACUCUCGUACUUUGUCACUCUUCCCUUUCUUCUCCUUGCUCCUUUUCCAUUUUCCUCUUCUGCCCGCUCAUCGGACUUGGGAGCUGACGCGCUUCGAUCAGCGAGCCUGAGCCAUGCCGCUGCAUGAUGGUGCAUCCCCCCCGCCCCAUCCCGUCACGUAGUCGUUACGGAGAAGAGGAGAAACUUAUUUAUGUGCCAUUUAUUCUCCGUGUCAAAAUACGAACUUCCGUCUCUCCGAAACUCGUACUACUACCACUCCUCGAUUAACAUACGCCUACUACCCCCCUGCACCCCCCCUCCCCUUCUCGCGGGGGUGUGAGUGACUCGUAGUGCAUGUCGGCAGCAGCAUGCGUGGUGUGUAUUAGCUUUUGUAUUUUGUAGGUAUGAAUAUUGUGAUCAUGUUUUAUGUAUAAAUAAAUAAAUUCUUUAUCGUAAUAUCUCGGAA